AAGAGCAGGAGAGGGCUCUGUGAGUAAACUGAUUUCACUCUGCAGUGAAACCACUGCACUCUGGUUGGGUUGCUUCUCUGGGUGGGAAAGGUACAGGUCUAAAGAGAAAAGGAAUGAAGAUACACUCUUGGUGAACUGGUGGGAAAUCCUGAAGAUGGCCAAAGACGACUCCACUGUUCGUUGCUUCCAAAGCCUGCUGAUUUUGGGGAAUGUGAUUGUUGGUAUGUGCGGGAUUGCCCUGACGGCAGAGUGCAUCUUCUUCGUAUCUGACCAGCACAGCCUCUAUCCAUUGCUUGAAGCCACUGACAACGAUGACAUCUAUGGGGCGGCCUGGAUCGGCAUGUUUGUUGGCAUCUGCCUCUUCUGCCUGUCCAUUCUAGGCAUUGUAGGCAUCAUGAAGGCCAAUCGGAAGAUUCUUCUGGCAUACUUUAUUCUGAUGUUUAUAGUUUAUGGCUUUGAAGUGGCAUCUUGUAUCACAGCAGCAACACAACGAGACUUUUUCACACCCAACCUCUUCCUGAGGCAGAUGCUGGAGAGGUACCAAAACAACAGUCCUCCAAACAACGAUGACAGAUGGAAAAACAGUGGAGUCACCAAAACCUGGGACAGGCUCAUGCUCCAGGACAACUGCUGUGGUGUAAAUGGUCCAUCAGACUGGCAGAAAUAUUCAUCUGCCUUCCGGAUUGAGAAUAACGAUGCCGACUAUCCCUGGCCUCGUCAGUGCUGUGUUAUGAACAAUCUAAAAGAACCGCUCAACGUGGAGGCCUGCAAACUGGGAGUGCCUGGGUACUAUCACAAGCAGGGCUGCUAUGAACUGAUUUCUGGACCAAUGAACCGACAUGCCUGGGGGGUUGCCUGGUUUGGAUUUGCCAUUCUCUGCUGGACUUUUUGGGUUCUCCUGGGUACCAUGUUCUACUGGAGCAGAAUUGAAUAUUGAGAAUAAAGUGUCACCACCGUACCUAACCUUCCCCCAGGGACACUCUGGAUUUGGUGCUGGAACUGGUUAUCCCCUAAUAUUCUACAUUUAUAUUCUACAAUAACAGGCAUUUCUUAUUCAAACUGCCAGGUCAGGUGCUAUGGAGUGCUUUUAGGUUCUUAGGCUCUUGAAAGUCUCACUACUGGUGUUUUCAUCCUGGUCUGGGAUACAAUAUUUUUGUAGACUGUGGAAAAGUGAGUAUUUGGAAAUGAAAUAUAUAAUAAAUUGUCCCAUCCCUGUUUAUUUUUAAUUUGGGGGUGAAAAGACAUUCAAAGCUACCUGUGUUAUCACAGCAAGCCCAGUCUAUGUUUGGAUGACAAAUCUGCCUGUGUUAUCUCACUGAAAAAAAAAAACCUUCAAAAGCUUUCAUUUAUCUCAGUAUUGUCCAGGUGAAGAAAACAGGAAAAGGUUGCUGAAAUGUACCUUUUAUCUUUUGAUCUACUGUGGCUUCCAUCUACAGAGACUCAAAUGAUUUUCUUAAUGCCACCUAUAGAUCCCUUCAUUCUCCAGGACAAUCCCCAAUCUUGAGUUAACAGUGGUUGAAAUUUCCUCUUGUACCUUGCAGAGUGAUAAUGUGUUUAGUAACCUCAAUUUUCCCAUUAAUUAAAAGUGUGUGGCCUUUGUGGAGCAGGGUAGAGCCUGUUUUCUGUUUACUCAGUCUUUGCCCUGAAUGGCCUCAACUUGAAAUGCUUUCAAACGGGAUAUAGCAAACUAGCUAGUAAGAAUGGGUGAUUUAUGAGGAUUUUUGUUUACUGUCAAAAUGUUUCUCUUCUGAUCUAUGUUUCCAUUUGUGGUCCUAUAGCUCAAAAUUUGUCUAGCCUUAUAAAUAAAGAGGGCUUUACAAGA